UCAUCUUCCUCCUGCAGCCACAGUGAGGAUCAGAGAACAGCAAGGGGAAUCCCUCACCUAACACAGCCCAGGCUUGUCUCCUCCUCGAUGUGCAUGCGAAAGCACAACCAUCCAGCAUUGGUGACUACACACGCAGUAGGCUGAUGUCCAGUGGGAGCCUGAGAAAACUGCUGGCAGGCUGGAAUGAAGUGUGUCAGCUGGCUGAGAGGAUGGAGAGAUCACAGCUAGAGGUCCUGGACCUCCAACACAACCAUCUGACUGAGCUCCCACACAACCUGUUCAUCAAAGCACAGAGCUUGCGAUACCUAAAUGUGUCGGCCAAUAAGCUGGAGAACCUCCCUGCAGCCAGCCUAUCAGAUGACAGCUCCAGCCGCCUGGAGGAGCUCUAUGUGACCAAUAACAGCCUGUCCGACAAGUGUGUCCCUCUGCUAACUGGACACGGCAACCUCAGGGUGCUUCACAUCGCCUACAACCAGCUACAGACCUUCACUGCCAGGGUUCCCACUCUUUUCUAGGAAUCAUUUUCCAGAACUUUAUCAGGACAUUUUCAGUGAUGAUCUAGCUGCUAUGACAGACAGGGAUCAUGUCAUUCACUAAUACGUUCCUCUCUGUGGAAGUCUAUGGCUGUCCCUUAGGAUAUCAUCUAUUACAUGUGUAGAAAUUAUGACAAAUUGCCUUGUUUUAAUGUUAUGCUCUUCAUUUUUUUCAGUUUUGCCAUUGUUUUUUUUUUGUUUGUUUGUGAAAACUUUAAAUGUUAAACAAUUUAACAUUAUUUGACCGUUGAAGAAAAUGUUAAUCUAAUAAAAAUGACCAGUUACUAGCCAGCACGGACUAAUAUUUACCUCUGGAGGAUAAUGCUUACAUUGAGAGUCACUUCAAUUAAUGUCAUCCAACCUGUGCUACAUGUAAGGGGUGUGUUCACGCUGCCGCAACAAAACCAAGAAACCACAACAGGACAUUUGACUUUGGGAAGUGGGAACCCUGCUCUCUGUAAAAGCCUCUACACUCCAUGAAAAGAAAGUUGUGGACAUGCUACACAUAGUCUUAUCUAUAUCUGCACACUGACCUGGAGUCUGGAAAUUGAGCGCGACCAGCUGGGAGCCACAGAGCCACAUGGGCAGAGGGUCGUAGUUGGACGAGUCCAGCCUCUGUCCUCGGGGAUAAACUCUUGAAAGCUGACGGCGGUUGUACUGCAGGAAGCGUUUCCCUCUGCUGCGUGUCGCAAACUUCUCUGCCUUCGUCUCUGGGAAGGAGGACAUGUCCCGGUAACAAGCCCUCUCCGUCCCGAUCUCUGGAAGCGGCAGAAAUAAAUAUAAAAUGACACCCAGAAGCUGUUAAAGUGAGGCGAGAGAAGAAGAGAGAGCAGUUUGAUCCUUACUGUCCUCAUUGAAGGGGACCGGUCUGCAGUACACCACGAGCUCUGAUAGCUCCACCGCGAUCUUCUUCCUCCUCUCCAUUUGCUUCUCCUCCUGCAUCUGUUACCCACGGAGAUAAGAUUACCAUACUGUUAAGUGACAAUAUAAAAUUCCUUUCAAAUACUGGUUACUUUUGAGUGGCCAGCAAUACGGUCACAAAAGGGAAAAAAAUUCAGCAUUUCUUCAAAAUGCUUGUUAGAAUUAAAUUUUUACACAAUAAAUUGAAGUUUAAAAAUUCA